ACUUCCGGGGUGGGCCGGGCGUCGGGCCGUGGGCCGGUGAGGGGACGUGCCGCGGCAUCUGUCUGAAGGGUGGCGCGGGAAGCCGAGGCCUUGCAGGAAUGAGAUGAUAGUCUGCCAUUAGUAGGAGUAUUUCAUCCUUGGAACAUCCGGGGAGGAAGAACUAACCCCUGGGCCUCCCUCUGCAGCCAUGUCUGAGCUCAGCGAUGAAGCCAGCGAGCCGGAGCUCCUGAACUGCAGCUUGUCCAUGUGGUAUGGGCUUGGUGCUCAGGUCAGCCGAGAGGAGCUGGAUGUCCCCUUGGAUCUUCACACAGCUGCCUCCAUUGGCCAGUAUGAGGUGGUGAAGGAAUGUGUGCAGCGGAGAGAGUUAGAUUUGAAUAAGAAGAAUGGUGGUGGUUGGACCCCGCUGAUGUAUGCCUCCUACAUUGGACACGAUACCAUUGUCCACCUGCUGCUCGAGGCAGGGGUGAGUGUGAAUGUGCCGACCCCGGAAGGGCAGACUCCACUGAUGCUGGCCUCCAGCUGUGGCAACGAGAGCAUCGCCUACUUUCUGCUCCAGCAAGGUGCAGAGCUUGAAAUGAAGGACAUCCAGGGCUGGACUGCACUCUUCCACUGCACCAGUGCCGGCCACCAGCAGAUGGUCAAGUUCCUCCUGGACAGUGGAGCCAAUGCCAACGUGAGGGAGCCUGUAUAUGGAUUCACUCCUUUGAUGGAAGCAGCUGCCUCUGGCCAUGAGAUAAUUGUGCAGUAUUUUCUGAAUCAUGGAGUCAAAGUAGACAUAAGAGACCACAGUGGAGCCACGGCCCGGAUGCUGGCCAGGCAGUAUGGUCACAUGAAGAUAGUGGCCUUGAUGGAUACUCACUCGCCUGCACUGCCUAAGAGCCUUUACCGGAGCCCAGAAAAAUAUGAAGAUCUGAGCUCAUCAGACGAGUCCUGGCCUGUUCCUCAGCGCCAGAGGCCCUGUCGAAAGAAAGGCCUCAGCAUCCACGAGGGCCCACGUGCCCUGGCCAGGAUCACAGCUAUUGGACUUGGCGGCAAGAUCCAGACCAACUAUGAGCAAGUUCCUCCACGGGGAUAUGUGACCUUCACCAGCAGUGAUGAGAACACCCUGGAAGUUGAGGGCCUCUGCUACCGAGAUGUCACCUCCCCCAUUAAUGAGCGGGAUGUGGAGAGCAGCAGCAGCAGCAGCCGGGAGGAACCCACUUUCUGUGCCAGUCUUGGACCUGUGUGGAGGAGCAGCAGCAGCGAUGGCCUGGCAAGAGCCCAGGGGCUCAGCAGUGAAGCCUCCAUAGAAAGCAAUGAGGAUUCUGAUCAUACCCGCAAAAGCUCGGUUCGCAAACAAACCAAGAGUUAUUUGAAGAGUAAGAGUCGUUACAGCAACAGUGAUAGUCAGUGGCCUUCCAGCACAGGGACUGCAUGUACCCCAGGAUCUGAACCCCAAGCUGAGAAGUCCUCCUACUCAGGACCUCAGGACCUUGCCACACUGCUGGAGCAGAUUGGGUGUCUGAAGUACCUGCAAGUGUUUGAGGAGCAGGAUGUGGACCUUCGUAUCUUCCUGACCCUCACCGAGAGUGACCUGAAGGAAAUUGGCAUCACGUUGUUUGGGCCUAAAAGGAAGAUGACCUCUGCCAUUGCCCGCUGGCACAGUAGUGCCCGCCCUCCUAGUGAUGCACUGGAGCUGGCCUAUGCUGACCGGCUAGAGGCCGAGAUGCAGGAGCUCGCCAUCCAGCUGCACAAAUGCUGUGAGGAGGCAGAGGCUCUCCGUGGCCAGGUGUCCCAAGAGCAGGAAUUGCGGGCUGUAGUCGAGAGCUGCCUCCUGGAGCAGGAGAGUGCCCGAAAGGACAUCUAUGCCCAGCUGCAGGAGGCCCAGACCCUGGCCAAGGAUGCUGCCCUUGUCCUGGACCAGCUGCGGGCCUGUCAGGCUGAGCUGUCAGCUCGAGUGAGGCAGGACCAGUCCCCCAGCGAAGCUACCCUGAGGCCACCCUUUCUCUCAGCAGAUUCCAAAGGCUGGACUGUUCCCCUGCAGGCCUUGAGUCUCCCUGAGCUGUCAGGGGCCCUGGAAGACUGUGUCUGUGAAAUGGGCACUGUGCUCUGUAACACAGAGCCUGGAGAAGCUACAGACGCUGAAUGGGAAGAAAUGGCGGGAACCGUAGCCAGGAGGGAUGAUUCUGACGUUGGGUGAUGGAUCCACCCUGAAGUUACAUGUGCCAUGCAAGACAGGGCAGUGAGCAGAUGGCUGCAGCAGCCCGGGGAUGGAAAGCCAGCCCAGGGAGCAGCUUGUGGACAGGAGGACAGGACUUCAGUCCCUGCCAGGGCAGCUUGGGCCAGCCCUGAGGCGGGAUGAAAGGCCCGGCACCCGGAUAAGCGGGUAGGCAGCUGUGGCCUAGACAGGACUGUGUGAAAAGAGUGUGUCCCCGCACAUGCAGGUGCCACACUGAGGUUUGUCUGGUCUUAAAGGUGAGGUCUGGGGUACUUAGAAAAUGUUGUUUGUUGGAAAAUAAAAUUACUUGCAAGUUG